UCGCCUGGCAUUGUGUUUAGGCCUUAAGGGGUUAUAUACACUUAGAAACUUUCAAAAAAUCGAUUUUUGGGUUUUUACAUUUUCUUUAAGUAUAACAUCUUGAAAAUAUUCCCUGAAAGUUUCAAGUUAAUCUGAAUAAAAUUGACGAAGUUAUACGCGUUCAAAGGAUGCUCCGUUUGACCAUUAGCAGGUAUAGCGUAGCGCGGGAUAGAGAUCCUUUCACACGCGCACAUGUACACUGUUCUUACUUGUGUGAAUCUCUUCUAAAAACCUGUUUCUUUGUAUUGUUAUUUCCCCUUCUUCGUGUCCUUAUGCUAUAACCUUAGUAUAACGGUUGGCAUCGAGCUGUACGGUCGAACGUUCAUAUAUAAAAUCGUGCUUAAAACCGUAUCUCCGUUUUGGAAUUCACUAUGGAUAAAUCUAAGGGUUCCAGAGAGUUACGAAAGACAGAAAAUGUUCGAAAAUCGAGAACAAAAAAAAGAAAACAAUAUUUUAAUCCAAAAACUGUUGAGACCGACGAAAGUAGUUUUAGUACCUUUGCGAAAAAAAUAAAGAUUCAAGAAGAUAUUAUUGUGCCACAAGAUAAUUCUAUAGAAUAUAGAAUUUUGAACUUUAUCACUGUAUUUGCUGCAAUUUCAAAUUUUGUUAAAUGCAAAGUAUGUAAUGGUGAUAUUAAAUUUCAAGCAGCAAAUAUGCGUGGACUUGGUUUUAAUAUUAUAGUGAUAUGCGAAACGUGUGCGCCUCAAUCAAUUCCUUCGUGCCCUUAUAUUGGACGCUCAUAUGAAAUAAACAGGCGUUUUAUUUUUACUAUGAGAGUGCUAGGACUUGGUCUAAAAAGUUGUCAAAAGUUUUGCGGACUAAUGGACAUGCCACAUUUUAUUUUUCAAACGUCUUAUGACAUUACUAUAAAUAAUAUACUCAACUGUGUUAAAGAAGUUUCCGAUAAACUUUUUAAAAAUGCUGUGAAUGAAGAGAAAAAAGAAGCAUGUAAAGAAAGAAACAUAGAAGAAACGAACGAAUUAACUGUAUCAGGUGACGGGACUUGGAAAAAACGUGGUUUUACAUCACUGUAUGGAGUUUCAUCGAUUAUCGGGUAUUAUAGUGGAAAAAUACUUGAUAUUCUCGUAAAAAGUUCAUAUUGUAAAGCCUGCGAGUAUUGGAACAAGAAACAAGAUACAGAUGAAUACGCAGAAUGGUUUGAAACACAUAGUAACAACUGUUUAGCAAAUCACGAAGGAUCAUCUGGGAAGAUGGAAGUUGACGCUAUCGUUGAAAUGUUUAAACGUUCACAGAAUAAGUAUGGUGUUAAAUACAUUAAUUAUAUUGGUGAUGGCGACUCGAAGACUUAUAAUGGUAUUAUAAAAUCUAGUCCUUACGGUGAUGAUACUUCCAUUAUAAAGAAGGAAUGUAUAGGCUAUGUACAAAAAAGAAUGGGGCAUCGAUUACGUGAAUGUAAAAAGAAAAAUAAAAACCUCGGAGGAAAAAAUAAACUGACUGGCAAAAUGAUCGAUAAGUUAACAGUUUACUAUGGUUUAGCGAUACGACGAAAUUGUGAUUCAACAAAUAAAAUGAGAGAUGCGAUAUGGGCCACAUAUUAUCACUACAGUUCAACAGAUGAACAUCCGCAACACAGCAAAUGCCCGACCGGAGUUGACUCGUGGUGCGCGUGGCAGUGCGCUUCCGCAAAGGGUGAACUUGCCUCUUUCAAACACGAUUACAACGCUUUACCUAAAGAUGUUUUGGAUGCUAUAGAACCAAUAUACAAGGAUCUUAGUAAACAAGAAUUACUAGAAAGAUGCGUCGGCGGUUUUAAUCAAAAUAACAAUGAAAGUUAUAAUCAACUAAUAUGGAAAAUCAGUCCAAAAAUUAUACCUAGUGGAUUAAAACCUAUCGAACUUGCGGCAUACACCUCUGCCUGCAUAUUUAAUGAAGGUUCCAAAACAUUAUUGCAAAUGUUUGAAGCCAUGGGAGUUCACAGUGGCCCAAAUGCGCAUCAAUAUGUUAUUACAGAAGAUGCAAAUCGAAUGAGAAUAGCAGACGACCGUGCGCUGCAGAGUACUCGAGAAGCAAGAAUGCUUCGUCGCCAGCAGCAACUUGAUAUUUUGGAGGCUUCAACUUCGGGCGAAAACUUAUUAUAUGGGCCUGGAAUAGAUGACUUUGUAUGAUCCAAAUCCGAACUACAGUGGUCACCGCAAAACCAAUUUUUAAAACGGAGGUUGAGAAAAAUAAUAAUAUCUCUUUUAUUUAUUAAUAUUUUUUAAUAAAAAAAAUAUGUAAAACUUUUAAAAAUAUAUCCUUUUAAAUGUACAAAAA